AUGCUCAUUGACGAACUUACAGAGGAGAAACAAUUAUUAAUGAGCACACAAUUGACACAGCAAACUGUGCCUAGCACGCUCGACAGUUCCUUGGCAGAAAUCGAUAUAUGGCCCCAAGGCUCGAACGAGAAGAGUUCCAAGGAGUUUGCCGUUGGUCCUUUCAGCGUAAUCGAUCUUGGUAACCCGGAUACUACACAUGUUGCUGCUGUUCUGCCCGCGGGAACAUUGUCACCUACAGCCACCGUGCCGCCCGCAGACACAUUGGCACACGCAGAAACGCUCUUAACCACGCAAGCUACCUCAACCUCCCUUUUUGAGCCGCCCAUAAGUCUGACAGACUAUUUGCAAUGGUCCGAUCUUUUUGAUCUCAAUUUCGAGGCAUGGUGCAAUCCACUACGUCGCGACAUCGACAUUGGCGAUGAUACCAAUCCAGAAGUGGAUACUGAGUUGGGUGAUUACACGAAUACACUCAAACCGUCAAUGUCAUGGUCCACUCCGAACUCGAACACCGUGAAGGAUGGCGACCUUCUUAAUGAAGGCCCUGCAUUGCUGAAGCAUUUCGUGGACAACGUCAUAGGCGCCAUCGCCGCUCUGCCGUACCACGCCAAGUCUCCGUAUAAGCUUUUGAACUUCAGCUCUGCGACGCAGACCCUUGCAAGUCUCACUUACCUCAACUUGCCUGUGAGUAGCGCAAACAUCGCAAAUCUAUAUGCGCUUCUAGCAUGUUCUGCUUAUCACCUGGCCCACAACCCCUCUGGGCCUGGAGUGAGCAAUAGAACAUUUUGGAGUGAGAUUGCAAACAGGGCCCAAGAAAAAGCAACUUGUCGUCUGCAAAUGUCGUUACAAUCCGAAAUGGACGGAACCAACAAGGCCAAGUAUAAGGACCAGCUGAUAGCUUUGCUAAGCCUGUUAGCAUGGGCCGUGAUGACUGGAGAUCACAAGGCUGCGAGAUAUUAUAUGGUUGAAUCCGAGAGACUUCUGCGCAUCCGCGGACUGUCGAAACGGCAUCUCUCGAGACGAGCUCGGCUGCUGCAUCACAUGUAUACCUGGGCCAGAAUCGUUGGAGAAAGCACAUACGUUCUGCACGGGAAGGGAAAUGCCAUCACCGAACAGAGGGUGACUGCGUUGCAGUUUCAAUCUGGCCCAGACGCAAGGCUCGAUGACUUUCUGCGAUUGGAAAUUGUACCCGACCGGGAAGAGCCAGAUUAUGAGCAACUGCCGAAAGAACAUGAAGUUGUCUUACAAGAUGUCCAUCUUGAAGACCCAAGAUUAUAUCAUGAGACGAUGUUUUUACAGAUCUACGGGAUUUCAGAACAUUGGCUGAGUCUAUUGUCUCAGACAACUAGAUUGUCCAACGUGAAGGACAGUCUCGGCGCAAAAUCUCAGAUGCAGGAAUGGCUGAAAACUCGAAUAAAGCGGCUGGAAGAUAGGAUCUGCACCUUCGUAGCUCGGCACACCCUGCCCGAUGGAGCUCCGCCCAAACCACGUCCCACCGAGUACAUGCUUGAAGCGCUGAAUUCUGGCCUGGUCAUUUUCUUCUACCGACGGUUGAGGGAUGUGAAUGAGUGGAUCCUUCAAAGCCAUGUUGAUAACGUCAUAUCUGCGCUCAGGCGUUUCGACGAGUCAAUGGCGCAGCAGAAUAUUCAAGGCGUUGGUACCCCAUGGCCGGCUUUCAUAUCGGGGUGCGAGGCAAGUCCGGGUACCCGCAGAAAAGCGUUGCAACACUGGCUGGAACAAGCGUGGUGGAAGACAGGGUUACAAUCCUACAGCACGGCAAAGGAUAUGAUGCAGAUGGUGUGGAGUGCUCGGGAUCAAGCCACCGACUCAUCUCGCUCGUCAGUCAAGAAUAUCGGCGGCAAGGCAUCAGCUACGCCGGCUGCAACCAACUGGGUAGACAUCUCACGUGAAAGGAAGCAGUGGGUCAAUUUGUGGUAG